CUUUCCUUCCCCACCGAGACAAAAUGAGAUCACCGCCACCACCGUGCCCGCUCCCCAACCCGAACCCCAACUCCGAUGCAUCCCCUCCUCCGGCGUCGAUGACCCCGCGCGCCCCGCAUCUGCGGCACCACCCGCCGCACCUCCUCCUCGCCGAGGCCGUCGCCUCCUGGCACCCCUUCCACAAGAAGCCCUGCCUCUCCGACCGCUCCACCGCACCCGCAUCCUCGGCCCACCCCCCUGACGCGGAGACCCCGACGCCUGCCCCCUCGGGGGCCGGCAGCGGCGGAUCCUUCCGGUGGCUCGGGCUCCGCAAGCGCCGGCGCCGCGGCGCCGGCUCGCGGUCCGUGUCCGGCCGCAGCAGCGACCGCCGGAGAUCCGGCACGUGCUCCGACUUCCAUUUCACGUGCGGCGCCGGGGGCGGCGGCGCCACCGACUCCAGCGGUGAGAUGUGGGCGUCGGAUGUCGGCGAGGUGCGGAUGAGGGACGUGCUGAUGGCCACGGAGUUCGGCCCGGCGCCCGUUGGUGGCGCUGCUGCGGGGACUGGUGGGUCCGGCGCGGCUGCGGAGGCGGCGGCAGCCGAUUCUGGGUACGGGAGCGAACCUGGGUACCGUGGCGAUGUGGAGCUCGGAUACGGAGAUGAGAUCGACGAAGAGGAGGAGGAUGGGAGGCAGCAGCUGUUCUGGGGCGGGGUAAUUGGAGAUAUGAAUAAAAUGAGAAUUGGUGGAGACAAUAACUUCGGGGAGCAGAAGAGCCAUCACCGCUGCAGGCGCAAGAAGCAUGAUGUGAGGAUGUUGGAUUCCCUCAGGUGAAUCACAUAGUGCUGGUAAAUCAUCUAUGCAUAUGUUGUAGCUUUGCUUCACUAGCAGCGGUAGUUAUCAGAACAUAUCUCAUGCGUCUUUGUUGUGGCAAGUGUCCAUAGAGCAGGCAACUAGUCACUGGUAUUUUGUCCUUUCGGAUGUGUACAGUUGUUUGCUGACAGUCAGUAGUUCCCAAGUUUGUGGGCGAGAAUUUUGCCCUGAUGUUAUUUCGGAAGAGUUGUGUAUGCGCGAGACACAUUUUGAGUUGUCGUGUUAUGCUGGUGCUGCUGAUUUGACGUUCUUCGUUUUGAGUACUAA